GGACUCGCUUUUUCCCUCAUCGUCAACGUUUCGUUUCGCUCCAAAAAGAGGGAAAAAAGAAAAGAAAGAAAAUACACACUCCGACCACUUAAAAACGCAAAACUUGUGUGUCGUUUUUAUCAUUUUUUGCUAGCUUUCCUCAAUGGCUACCAAAGUGUAUAUUGUGUACUAUUCCAUGUAUGGACAUGUAGAGAAACUGGCAGAAGAGAUCAAGAAGGGGGCUGCAUCUGUUGAAGGCGUUGAAGCCAAACUAUGGCAGGUUCCUGAGACUCUGCCAGAGGAGGUGCUUGGAAAGAUGAGUGCACCACCAAAGAGUGAUGUACCAAUCAUUACACCCAAUGAACUUGCUGAGGCUGAUGGGUUUGUUUUUGGCUUCCCAACAAGAUUUGGAAUGAUGUCUGCGCAAUUUAAAGCAUUUCUAGAUGCAACUGGUGGUCUAUGGAGAACGCAGCAACUUGCAGGCAAACCUGCUGGAAUCUUCUAUAGCACUGGAUCUCAAGGUGGUGGACAAGAGACUACAGCGCUGACUGCUAUCACACAGCUUGUUCACCAUGGAAUGCUUUUUGUUCCAAUUGGUUACACAUUUGGGGCUGGCAUGUUUGAGAUGGAGAAAGUGAAAGGUGGAAGUCCUUACGGCGCAGGAACUUAUGCAGGGGAUGGAUCAAGACAGCCCUCUGAGCUAGAGUUGGAGCAGGCCUUCCACCAGGGGAAGUACUUUGCUGGCAUCACAAAGAAGCUCAAGGGAUCUGCUUAAUUUCAUUUGAUUACAGGAGUACAGAUGGAUCAUUACAUUUUUCUACCCCAUAGAUAUGCGCUCGUGAGCAAUAAUUAUUGUUUGUUGGUUAUAAGUUUUGUGUAUGUGGUGUUGCAUAAUAGUUUCUUCUCCCAAUGGUAAAAGUUUGUUUACUUUCUGCAUCA